CAGUCUGAGAAAAUUUUUACAAUAUUAAUCUACGUAACAAAGCAACUAAGCGGACUUUUUAAACAUUCAAUACAAAAAUUCAAGUUUAAAUUUCUUAUUUCAAAUGAUUGUUUAUUGGAAAGUUACAAAUAUUUAUUGUGUAUUUAGUCAAUUUAGCCAAUAAAAUCUCUCUGGUGAAUGAUUCAGAAAGAUUAAAUUUAUUUUCUGGAAGUUUUUGGGGUGGCUCAUCAAGGACUUACACUUUGUAUCGUGUUGCGACUUCCCGGGUUGUAAAUUGAAUAAUUGACGUAUUUGCGCACGCAUGCGCUUAUAGUGCACUACGAAGUGAGCUACAGCCAUCUUCAGUGGUGUAUGACCUAACUCGGCCCAAGAGGCGAAGACGAAGAGAAGUCAGACUCAUUACGAUCGCUUACGUAGCUGGUGCUUUAGUGAGUUGACGUGUGAGAGAUACCUAAUCACUAAUACUUAAAAGCUGUGACUAGCAGUUUUCAAACUAAAUACGACAAAUUAACACACAAUCAGUUGGCAUGCAUCGGUGUUCGCUGAAUGGUGGUUUUUACAUGUCCAUGGAAUAUCUGUACGAAAGAACUACUCUGCCAACAAAAAAAAGAAUUGGUGUGGAUAGAAGAAGUUAUGCCCCAAUAAAAAAAUAUAAAAAAAUCUUCAACAUUGGCUAUGCUAGGAAGCGAUUAGAGCCUUUGUUUGUUGCCUCUCCUUUGAAUGUGACAUGUAUGGAAGAAAUUAAUGAAGUAAACACGGAUCCUGUAGAGACUUCAUCCAACAUGUCAUCUAUGAAUGCGGAGGAGACUGCCUUACUUGGUGUUUUAUCCGGCGAUAGCAUGGACGACAUCGAAUUGAAAAAUAUUCAGCUGCAAUUCCCAAGCUCUCAACGCUUCAACGGUGAUGGCGGCUGCACGGAGGUGCGCGUACGCACCGACCACGGCGACAUCAUGGUCGCUGUGCAGGGUGACCGCGCCAAACCGGCCAUACUGACCUACCAUGACCUUGGAGUGAAUUAUUUCUGUUUCCAACCAUUCUUCAACUUCGUGGAUAUGCGAGCUCUGUUGGAGAACUUUUGCGUGUAUCAUGUGAAUGCACCGGGACAAGAGGAGGGCGCCCCGAGUCUACCGGAAGACUACAUAUAUCCAACUAUGGACGAACUGGCCAACCAGAUAAACUAUGUAUUGGUACAUUUCGGCAUCAAAUCCUUCAUCGGCUUCGGAGUCGGCGCUGGUGCUAACAUCCUAGCAAGAUUCUCCCUAGCACAACCAAAGAAGGUCGAUGCCCUAGCCCUAGUGAACUGUACAUCAAACCAAGCCGGCUGGAUUGAAUGGGCAUAUCAGAAGAUGAAUAGCCGCUCGCUGCGUACGCGCGGCAUGACCCAAGCCGUGCUGGACUAUCUUAUGUGGCAUCACUUUGGCCGGUACUCGGAAGAGCGCAAUCGCGACCUGAGCCAGAUGUACCGCAACUACUUCAGCCGCAACGUGAAUCCAACCAAUCUAUCGUUGUUCAUUGACGCGUACGUACAACGCACAGAUCUCGGAAUCGGCCGUGAUACGGACACGAUCAAGGUGCCCGUACUGAAUAUCACGGGUGCGAUGUCGCCACACGUCGACGACACGGUCACGUUGAACGGACGACUUCACCCAUCAAAGUCCACUUGGAUGAAGAUAUCCGACUGUGGAAUGGUGCUGGAGGAGCAACCAGGCAAAAUCUCUGAGGCAUUCCGUCUCUUCCUUCAAGGCGAGGGCUAUGCCUGGAUAUGCGAUUACGUUAUGCGGCAACCCAUAAUGACAUGUGGCUCCCCUGUCACCGACGAAGAUUGUAGCGUUCCGACGGCUGUCGGACGCUGAGCGCCGUCGCCCGUGCCGCCACUCGCCCGUCAUCCGUAUCACGGAGAAUCCUAUCUCGGAAGCGGUGGUCUGUUAAACACAUUAUUCGACUUACCCGGGCUCGCGUAAGGAUUGAAAAGGUCAGAUGCGGAAGCUAACUCUCGCAAGGCGUAUGAAAUUGACUAUUUUUUUUUUCCUUUUUAAAUACUUUUAUUAGGAAUUCUGUUAAUGUUGCAUAUCUAUUAAGUUUUUAUUAUAUUUAAAAUUGACAUGUUUUUUAUUGAUUCUUAAUGAAUAUUAUAAUUUUUCAUACAAGGUUAUAAUCUAUGUCCAUAAUAUUUGCACCGUAAGUGUUUCGCUUGAAAUAUUUACCAACCAUUGACAAAUAGUUAGGUAUCUACAUAAUAUACACAAUUUAUUUAUUUAUUAUUUCUGCGUAAUAUAAUAUUAGUGUUGUAACGUUUGUUUUAGGGUUAUAACGUUUAUUUUUUUCGGAAAUGAGAGGGGGGGGGCGCUGUACAAAUGCAAAUGCUGGAUUUUAUGUCAGAGGCCAACAACCGGUCAACUUUUAAUAAACUAAUAUCAAAUUUUUUUAUAUAAUCUAUUCUCUAUAUUUGUUACUUAUGGUGAAUAAUUAUGUCUUGUUAGUUUAAUUCUUAUGAACCAAAACAUAAAUUAGUUUCCAAAUGUACUAUUUUUUAAAUUUAUAAUUAUUACACUUAUUGGUUUUAUUUUUAAAUGAAUAAAUUCAACCGCCUUUAUACUUUUUUUAUGCAACCCAAAAUGACGAACAAGUUUACGGUUAUUUUGAUAAAAAUAAUGCAUAAAAUAAACAAAUUGAUUAAAAAAACCAUUUCAGUUUGCCUAAAUACUAUUAUUAUUUUCUUCUUUUGACUUUGAAAAAAGACAAAACGUUUGCCAUGAUAAAUAUGUCGAGUAUAAAAAGCAGAUUAUAAUGGAUAUAUUGCAGUAUAUGUAUGUAACCAUUUCUAUGACGCUGUCUCUUGUCGAUAACAAAAUGUCCACGUUUGCACAGCGCCUAAAGAAAAGAACAGUAUCAUUGUAUUUAUAAUAUUCAUUGUAGAAUAAUAUAAAACAUUCUUAAAUGAUUUUAAUGUUUUAUAUAAAUCAUUGUGUGUUAUGUUAAGGUCAUAUCAUAAAAAUUACAUAUUACGUCUAUUAUAUGACGAACCUCAAAAGAUGUAUCAGUGACGGUGCUCCCGUAUAACCAAAAAAGCUAAGUGUGCGCUUCUAUAUUGAACAAUUUUUUUCAUUACCCAUAUCAAAAUUGUCAGGGAACCCCACGUGCGCUAAUGGUUUAGGUUGGCUGGGCACCAGCGUGAUCAUCACAGCCAUUAACGGAUUUGAUGUCUUAAGAAGGACGCUGCGGCCCAUCCCUCGACCAUUAAGUUACCUUAGCGCCUCUUAUAAUACAGAAUAUAGUAAUAUAUUGCUAUAAAUGAAGCCUUUAAUCUCCAUUCAUUACUAAUGAUUUCGUCCCCAUUGCAUACUGAUCCUCUAAUUUAGUAGGCCAAGCUUAGCUAUGACUGAACUAUCACUGAUAUAUUUCUUCCGUCUAUUGAAACCAAAUAGAAGCAUGACUCAGAAUCAUGUGAAAUGACACCUUACCAAUUACACGACCGAAUCAUUAUAUUGAAAUAGUUUUAAGUGAUGACUCAAUUUUAUCGAUUAUUGAUUUUAAUGUAAUAGAAAAAUGUAACCAAAUAUGAGAAUCUCGUAAUUUUUGAUUUAGUUAUAAAAAUAUUAUUAGUAAGUAUUAUUUUAAUGUUAAGAGUAAUGUUAUCCAUAUUUAAUUAAUUCAUUCCUAUUAUUUAUUAUUCUAGAUUAAGAAUCUCUCGUAUGAUAUUAUUAUAUUAUUUACAAUUAAUCAUCCAUUUAUUUUAUUAAUUAAGAUAAAUUCCUAAAUAAGUGAAAAUAACGAUAUCCAUUUUAUUUUCAUAACUAUGCGGCUAAACUUAUUUUGAUGAAAUUGAAUUUAAGAAUAUUAGAUUUAUUAAAUAAAUUAAAUAAUUUUAUACAUGUUUAAAGACAAUGAAAAAGUUGUAUAUUAACAAAAGUAAUUUAAAAUAUGAUAGGAUAUCUAAUAUCCUUUUUCCAAUAAUUUCCUGAAAAUUUAGACAUGAUGCUAACGAAACAAAGUGAAUACAAUUUAUUUUUUAAAUUUAUGAAAGGAAAAGAAUAACACAUUAAAAAUCUAUGUUGUAAUUAUACGUGUAUUAUGUUCCUAUAUCUCAUUGUAUUGUCCUAAAAAUUAUAAUUUAAAUUAUUUAAUUAAUUAAUUGUCUGACACCUAAAAAUUAAGUUUUGUAUCAUUUAAUUAUGUUAAAAAUAAAUUUGUUUAGAAAUAAAAACACAUUUUAGGUUGUUUAUUUUUGUUCUUUUAUUUUUUUUAUUUUGUUGACCCACGAGACAUUAUUAUUUGUUGUAGCUCUACAGAAAACCUUUUGUAAUUUACUCCCCAACAAAUAUACAUCAUUAUUAUUAUUUUUUUGUUUUCUUUUUAUUUUAAUUUAUAUUCCGCAUCUGCUAAUGGAAGUAUUAACAACCUGCCCCUACAACUUCAGAGAUAAGUGUUGUAUGUAAAUAAUGUUAAGUAGGUAAUACACGACCGUGUAAAUUAUCAACUAAAUCUUAAGUCACAUUUAAUUACAAGCAGGAUUUAAGUUAAUUUGAUAUUAGGUGGAAAUAAAUGGUUCGAUCCUGAUGGAUUUGAAUAUGGACUGGUGAAAUAUGGAGUGGUUUUAGGUGAAACAUAUUGUCUCAUUAAUAAAAUAAGUAUAUUUAUAUAUAGAUGAUAGAUACUUGACAGUUAAGUUACUUAAUUUAGUGUUUAAUCUUUGUAAUCAAUAUCAUUUUAAAAUCAUAAGUUUUCUUUUUUGUUAGAGAUUAGUUUCAGAAUCACUGACUAUUCUUAAACUAGAAAACAUUUUGCACAGUCGUGUGAUAUCGCCUUAAAUAUUAGAUCGAAGCAUUAGUAUGUUUAUACGGAACCAAAAAUUAUCUAUUUACAUAAGUGUAGGUACAUAUCUUGUGGGGGGCACAGCGUAGACGGCGGGGGAGGGGAGGCGACGCGGGCUGCCGGGUAACACUGACACCUAGCUAAGUUCUGUUGCUCACCAGUGAAUCGCACUGUUGAAAUUAUAUCAUUAUAUAAUUUUAAGAGAAUUUUAUUAGAACCCACUGACUUAUAUAUAAUAUAUACCACUAUGAGCAUAAAAUAUUAUUCAUUUAGGCUAUGGACACAUAUUAUUACAUGUUGAUUUAAGCGACUGUGUAAGAGAGUUAGCAUGAUUUAUUUUGUAAUUAGAAAUAAUGAACACGAAGGGCUGGGGUACAGCCGACGGAGCGGGCCGACCACUGUCCGGCGGACUGUCGUGCUGUCAUAAACAGUUAACAUUAUGUUGGAAUGACCAGUUCCCAGUAUUACUACUAGUAAGGAUUGUGAGUUUAUUAUUUCAAAUUUAUCACACAAUAAUAAUCAGUUAAGUCUCACUGCUAGGCACGGUUUUAUCUCCUUAAGAGAAGCAGAUAACCAGACAGCUUGGCACAGUAUUUCAUUCACAAUUUUACUAUCAGUUAGAAAACUGGGGAACAUUUCAACAUUACUAGUGAUUUUCCAGAGUAACUGCUAAUACAUAACAUGUAUUAAGAGGAAUACCGUUGGUUCUGUAAAUCAUUUCUGUCAUAAAUAAUAUGUUUUUGGGUGAAAAAAAAUACUAAUGUUUUUUCUAAAACUAAAAAUACUAUAACUAUGAUCCUGUACCUGAUACAUAUUAGUAGUUAAACUAGGAAAAUCCACUAUUUCGCAGUAGUAAUGUUGAAUUCGAUAUGCUCCUAGAUUUUAUAAAAAGUCGACAGUCUAUAAUUGUUAUAAACAAAUGGCGUUUAUUAUAUUAGAUAGAAGGAAGAUGAAGAAGAAAGUGAGAAAGACGAAUGACUGUACUAUACGGACUUAAAAAAGAAAUCUCACUGUUUAGUAAUAAACAGUGAUAAGAUUUGAAAAAAUCAUUUCAUACUUUUUACUGCUGUAUAAAUUUACAGUCCAAAGGACUUCUAGCUGCAAGAAAAGCAGUUGAAAAUACUUUUGACCAGUUCAGCACAUACUUACUAUAAUAUAGUUGCGGCGUAUACAAAUUCGGGGCAUGUUGCAGGCAGAAACGGCAUCGCCGACAGCUGUUCAGUGGGCGUCGCUGGGUGCUAUGCUAAGACCAAGAUAGUUUUUUGAAACUGAUUAUUUGAUUAAUAUUUUUGAAUCAUAUUCGCUUAGUUUUUUUAAAUCGCAUAAGGUUACAUUUAUAUCACCUUUGUGAACGGUAUAUUUAGAAUAAUUUCGGAGGCCUACAUGUCAUGUGUUGGAAAGUUGUGAUCGAUUUGUUAUUUAUAUAAUGUAAGAUAUUUAUUUCGUGUUACAAAAAAAUAACCAUUUUUAAUUUUAAGCGUAUCGAUUAUACAUGUAUAAGAAUCAACUUUUAUUUUGGUAAUAGCAGUAUCAAAUUUUCUUUUAUUAGAUAAUAAAUAAUAAAUGUACACCGCUUAUAAACGUGAUGCUAAAUAGAUCUACUUAUCGUGCAGCGGCUUUUUUAAUAUUAUUUUAGUUUAGAUUAUUAGCUGAAGUCAGUGUGAUUGUUACUUCAAUGCUUUAGUAUUACAAUAUAGGUAUCCGAGGUUCAAAAGCGUGUAACGGCAUUUUCUUACCACGUCUCGAACGUACCACUAUCCGUCCCACUUUCAAAAACAAAGUUCGUUUUACAAAAUAAUCUAUAAAAUAUUCUUACAGUGUAGUUGGAAAUUAUGAAAUUAAAAUAAUAGGAUAUGAGAUAAAUUUGGAGCAUCUAAAUUUACUAGCACUGGCGCCUCCGAAUCAACUCCUAGGUCUUCGUUUUUUUGUAUGUAUCUACAUGUUUAUAUCAAAAUAGCUUUGUAUAAAUUCAUGAUGUCGUUGAUUAAUCAAUGAAAAAAGCUAAUCUAAAAGUUGAUCCAACACCCAAAUAAAAAUUACUACUUCAAGCACUGCUAGAUAUAAACGGCGACCCUUUUUUUUAUAUAAAUAUGGCUAAAGAAUGGAAGGAAAAUAUUGCUUAAACGUUGGUAAUAAAAUAAAUUGUAACUUCACAAAUAUUUAUUAUUAUUUUAUUAGUUAUACCUGUGUAUAAAAUGUGUAGGGCGCGAGCAUAACCAACUACACUGACAGAAUACCGGUGCACCUCCAAAUAUCUGUAAACGAAUGCCACCAAAUGUAUUGGUUCACAUAAACGAUGGUCGUUUCAUGAAUGCCAUACUUGAAGGUUACGAUGUUGAUGGAAGAUUUCUUCUUUAUAAUUAGAAUAGCAUUUGAUCUGUAGUUGGAUCUGAGUAGACCAGGUCAGUUCAUUCAAACCUGAACAUUUAUCUGUGCGAUGAGGCGCCCACAACACCAAACAUUUUCUGAACAAAAUAUAUUUUUCAAAUGAAACCCGAGGCGGUCGCAUCGUACAUUUAAUUUGUCAUGGUGCCUACUAUAUGCUUCGUAGAAGUACAAUAAUACGAUAAUAUUUUCUAGAUAUAAAUUUUAUGAACAUUAAAAGGAAAAUAUUUGGUUUUGUAGUGUAUAAUCGAAGCAUAAUUUAUAGUCGGAAGAUUAUUUAUUUGUGUGAGUUUAAUAUGGGACUAUUAAAAGGUGAUUUUAUAAAA